GAAACCUUCCCAUCACAAAUGAUUUCAAAGUGGACACUUCAGAAUAAUGAAGAUCAAAAACAUGCCUUUACAAUAAUAAUUGAGCACAGGUGGAAUGACCUGGAACAAAUGUUGAUGUUCAUCACUGGAAUCAGAGGAUCUGGGAAGAGUCAUCUCAUACAGGCAAUUGUAGAUGUGUUUGCACAACAUGGU